AUGAAUCCCAAGAGUGACUUUUUUACUAGUUUGGUAGUAAAUAAACCGAAAUCAGAUAAAAUUUCUGUCUUGGUUUGUCUUAAAAUUCAUAAAUUAAACUUUUCGACAAAUUUUUUAUCUUUAGGCAAGAUUCUUUAUAAUUUUUAUCAUAAAGCAAGAAUAAUUGAGAUUUUAAUACAUCAAACAAUAUUUCUAGUCGUCUUAAAACAAAUUUCUUUUCCUAAUGAUUUUUCAUUCUUUAUUAUAUUAUUCUCAAAAGUUUUACUAACUUGUCUUUUAUAA